CCAUUACCCGGGAGGUGGGGACGUGCCGGGAGGGAGCCGGGGAAGCAGAGCCGGGGGUGGGAGAGGCAGAGCGGGCAGGGGAGGAGCCGUGCGAGGCCGGAGCGGCGGAGCCCGGGCAGGGACAGAGCAUUGCCCCGAGCGCGGCGGGCGAGCGCGGCGGUGGCCACCGGGGCCACGCGUGGGGCAACCUCGCCGAGCCCACCGAGGUCUUCCCCCCGGCAGGAUGAAGCGGCUCUGCGAGGAGAGCUCGUCCGACACGGAGUCUGACGGCACCAUCGACGUGGGCCGGGAGGAGGAGUACAGCCAUGUUUCCAGGUCUGUGUCUCCCACCACGACGUCUCAGAUACAAGCCAGGAAGAAGAGGAGAGGGAUCAUCGAGAAGCGGCGCCGUGACCGCAUCAACAGCAGCCUCUCGGAGCUGCGGCGCCUGGUGCCAACAGCCUUCGAGAAGCAGGGGUCUUCCAAACUGGAGAAGGCAGAAAUUCUCCAAAUGACAGUGGAUCACUUAAAAAUGCUUCACGCCACAGGAGGAACAGGCUUCCUGGACGCCCGGGCUCUGGCCGUGGAUUACAGAAGCAUCGGCUUCCGCGAGUGUCUCACAGAGGUUGUCAGGUACCUGGGCGUCCUCGAGGGCCAGAACGCUGCCGACCCCAUCCGGCUGCGCCUCCUCUCCCACCUCAACAACUACGUGGCAGAAAUGGAGCCUUCGCCCGUGGCCACGUCCCUGCUGCCCAUCCAGAGCUGGCCCUGGUCCUUCCUGCACGGUGCAGCCGGCCCUGUGCAGAUCCCCAGGAGGGAUCCGCUUGUUUUGACUGCGUCUUCCCUGCCUUACCCCAGCCCUGCAGUGAGGCCGGCUCCUCUCCGCCGUGUCCCCGGUGAGAUGCUGCCGUCCCGCCGGAGCUUCUUGGCCAGCAGGAUGGGCUCCUCCAGCAGGAGAGCCCGGGGUGCUGCUUCAGCCACAGCCGUGCCAGCCGUGCCCAGGAUGCCAUCGCCAGCGGGAGCACUGAGAGAGGGCUCGUCCAAGAGCAGCCAAAUCGCCACCUUCCUCUUCUCCCCAGCCUCUGCUGGCAUCCCUGUGCCGCCAGCUUACGCAGCACCUCCCGUCUUGGGCGCUGCCACGCAGGGACCCGGGAUCAGGGUUGGGACAUCCAGGAUCUGCCGCUCCUGGGCGACGGAAAUCGGGGCUUUCUGACCCUCCCUUCCCCUCCGGAGACAGGAGCUCUUCAGCGCUCACCGCCCGCGGGGCUGAGAACAAACUCGGCUGACAAGGCAUCUUUCCUGCUUUGCAGAAGCCAAGGAUCCAUAGAGAAAAUUCUCUCUGCUCUUCCUUCCCUCCUCGCACCGCCCUCCUCGCCUCACCAUCGCUCGUCCUCUCCCUCGUGGCGCCUGCAAAUGUAAAUCUCACCCAGUUCCACGCACGGGGCCGCGCUCCAGACCCUUCUGGCUACGAGGGACGGGGCACACGCAGAUCCCAGCCCCGUUCCUCCUCCAGCAAACCCCUCUGCAGAACCCAGCCUCGCUCUCCUUUGGAAAACAGCCAGCCUUGAAAUACUGUCCUUAUUUCCCUGGGGACUCGGAGCUGCCAGCCAGACUUGCUCGUGCCGGUUCCCUGCGAUGCAUCCCCCAGCUGCAGCACCUAAUUUUGGUGUGGUGGGAUGGACACGGCUCACACCCCGUGCCCAGCACUGCUGGCACCCACAAGGCAGGCUCCAGCCCCCCCAGCUCCCAAAAAGAGCUGGCUGCCUGCUAAUCCCUGAGCUUUCCUCUCCGCAUUACCAGCUUUUCCCACUUAUGUGCCCUUAAGGUGGAGUGAGGCAGCGGCUUAGCAGGGCUGGUUCCCACAGCCCAGCUGAAAUCCUGCUGUGGCUGCAGGGCUCCUGGCACAAAUGCUGCCAGAGCAGCCAGCCAGGCUGCCCAGGCACAGCCCCUGCCCCGCAUCGAGGUGUGAAGAGGUGAGACAGAGGAUUUCAAAGGGACGCCUGUCAUGGAGGGGAAGGCUCUGAUGGCCAAAGUGAGAAGAAAACGCCUUUCCCUCUGCCAGCUUCCCUGCUGGAGCCGUCUCUCCUCCACCCCCUGCUGAACAGCCGUGACUGCAAAGGGGGAAAAUGAGUUGGGGCAGCCUGAAU